CCGCCGACAGCUAGGCGAGGAGAACCGCAGCAAAGGGUGGAACCCUGACUUCCAAGAGGGCGUGUCUGUCGUAACGUCAGCGUCCUCCCGCGGCCUCCUUUGCCGCCAUUUUUGUUGGGGGCGGACAACCUGCAAGCCAAGAAGGUCUUUCGCUGUCCCACGUUCUCGGAAUCCCUCCACUUUCACAAGCUUUGCUAAAAAAGUGCGAGAAAGAGUGGGAGUCAGGGCAUGAAUUUCCCGCCAAAGACUUCUUCCUUUCAGUCUUCCGCUGGCCCCUUAGGUGUCAAGAGGACACGGGCGAGAGGGUCGCGCCGGUGACGUCACGGCCGGCGUCUCCACCAUCUUAGUUGUGGCUAGAGAGGCGGAAACCUCGCCGAGAUGCGUCCAGAGCAUUUGUAACUGGGGACUACUCUGAAGCAGGCCUGGUCGAUGAUGUAUCUGACUUGUCAUUUUCUGAUAUGCUGACCCUUCAAAAUUGGCUUUCAUUCUAUGAGAAGAAUUACAAAUUCGUUGGAAAGGUGAUCGGAAGGUUCUACGGAGAGGAUGGGCUCCCGACCCCAGCACUGACCCUGGUAGAAGCCAUGAUCAUCAAAGGCUUGGAGGCAAGUAAACAGGAAAUAAAGGAGAAGCAGAAGUUUCCGCCGUGCAACGCUGAGUGGAGCUCAACCAGGGGCAGCCGAUUCUGGUGUUCCCAAAAGAGUGGAGGUGUGAGCAGAGACUGGAUUGGCGUCCCCAGGAAGCUGUUUAAGCCAGGUGCCAAGGAGCCCCAGUGUGUGUGUGUGAGAACAACUGGCCCCCCUAGUGACCAGCUGCCGGACAACCCUUUGCACAGAAAUCACGGGGACUUGGAUCACCCCAACUUGAGGGAAUACACAGGCUGCCCAUCCCUGGCCACCUCAUGCUCCUUCCCACCCUAAGUGGUUGCCAUAUAUGUUGAUAAUACACUUGAACCCUACCCAGAACCCUAAUAGGCUCUUAACCCCCACGUUCCCUAGGAUGGCUCCUGACAUGAGACAAGGGGGCCUGGAAGGACUCUGGCCCACACUCUGCAACUGUGACUCAUGUCCCCCUCACCCUUCUGGUGACUGAGGCCAGAGCUCAGUGACUUGCCUAGUCUAGUACUGGUCAGCCGGUUUCUGCCACUAUUUCCCUGGAUACUUGUACCAUCUUCCUUCAGACUCCUCAGAUAUCAAUGUGCACAAAUACGACCAACUCAAAACUAACUUGACAAACAAGCAAAAGGGCUCUCGGUUCCAACAGCCCCAUUUCCGUGGGCCCCCAGGUUGCGUGGAUCAGUUGCCAGCAGUCCUGGGUCCUGCCUGCACCUCAGCCUUUCCCAACCCUGUCAGGGCAUCUGGGGCACUAGCAAAAAGAGACUUCAUAAUUCCCUGACGAGUCUGAGCAGACAUAUUUCAGACAGCCAUACAGAUUAGACAGUGUCUGUCCCAGGUUCCCCCCUGGCUGAACUUGGGAGCCCUGACUUCACCCUACGGCAAGCUUGUUGUUUAGAGCUGGGCCAAUACGAUGAGUGGUGGAUAGUGAUAGGCAGUUCUGGAAACGGGAAACCUUUUGCUUAUAUGGAUGCGGCAAAUCCAGGCGCUUCCGAACAAAGCAACAAUUUAAAGCGAGGAUACUGUCUGGCUUUGAAACACUUCAAAUCAGGUGUGGUGUGUUUUCUAAGGGAAAAGUCUGCAUUUUGAGCCAAAGGUAGUUUCACAGCCCCUGACACAGUAGCAUAACAUCAGGGUUUGGGCAAGGACGUAAAUGUUAAUCCACGCAGCCCCGACUUAAUGGUAGCCUGGCUUGCAAGCCGUCCAGUGGGUUGUAUGUCCAAGGUCAUCUGUAGUCUACUACAUUUGACAAAUUUCAUACCUUUUACUUCAUAGAUGGGAGUAAGGUGUGUUUACCUUACAUUUAAGGAAACGAAGAGUGGUGCUAUCUCAGGCUCGUGGUCUCUCCUGAGGCUUUGCCUCAACUCCUUUUCCCAGUCCGCUCAACUAUGUUUCUAAACCUCCUCUAUUCUUCCUUUCUCUAUUUCCCUCUCCUUUAUAUGGAGGCUGUCUCCCCUUCCCUGGCAGACUCACGGCUGACUGCCCUUACUGGACACAGUGAGUUCCCACACCUGGGCUGCUCUUGGCUCCUUUUGCCACCCCAGAUCUCCCUCAUCUGCCCCUCCUUGUCCCUUUAACCUCUCCCAGCCUCCUGGCUCUUCCUCCUAAGUAUGCAGUAAAUGGGCCCACUUUCUUCACAUCGUAAACAAAAUACUCCAUCAACACCAGUUCUGACGUAGCUACCAUAUCUACUUCCUGUCACAGCCAAGUGCCUUGAAAAAGCUGCUUAUACUCAGUCUUUGUUUUUCACCCCCAUUUGCUAUGCAACAUAGCUGCCUGGUUUCUGCCCUUCUCUGUGCCCAAAAGCAGGAUAAAUUCUAUAUUGGCGUGUUCACGUUCAAUUCUUACCUACAUGGACCGUUGUCACGUUGGACACGGUUACCCAUGAGGUUCCCACAUGAAAUCAGCUCUUCGCUUCUUUCUAUUUCCCUUUUCUGCCUCUGGCCGUUCCUUCUCAGUCUCCGUGAAAGCUGCCCCUCCUCUGUGAUCUGCUGCUCAUUGCUCUUCUCUUGCUCCAGCCACAGCUUAAGAUUGCCAAACCUGUAUCUCCUGUCUAGGCAGUGCCCCUCAAACUCCUCGUUUCUGGCAUUCCAUCUUCACCUUCCUUUCCCAUGAUUCUUCUAGCACUGGCACCCCCAUCCACACCCAGUCACACCAAGUAAGAAUUAUAGCAGCUCCUUCCUCUCCUCUCCCCUUCCCCGCAACCAGUGUCCAAGCCUGGCAAUUCUGCCUCCUGAACUCUCUCCUGCCCAUCCUCUCUUCACUACUCCUUGUGCUGCUCCUCUGGUUUAGGCCUCCGUUUCUCACCCAGUUACUGCAGGAAUAUAACCAUACAACCUGCCUCCCAUUUCACCGCCUCCAGCCAUCCUACACACUGCUGCCAGAAUCGUCAUCUUAGUGCUCGUGGCAUUCCCUGGCUCAGUGGCUCUCCAUGUCUGUAAAGAUCAAGGGUUAACCUCAGCAGCUUGGCACAUACAGCGCUUCUACAGUCCAUCCUCCUUAGCCUCUGUGUCUCCCACCGGCUCCCACACCCACCCUCCCUCCAGCUGCCAUCUCACUGCAUCAUCCCUGCAUUCCUUCUGCCUGGAAUGAUACCUCUUCCUCCACUCAAUUUGUCCACCUCUUAUUUCUUCAAAACUUGGCUCAGUCAGCACCUCUUGGGAGCCUUCAUUAACCAGUGGCCCAGCAGCUGGGCCUCAGUUCCCGUCGCAUCUUGUGCCAACUCCUAAAAUGACACGUAUCUCAGUAUACUGUAACGUUCAUUUCCUCUUCGACCUCUCACUGGACUGCAGGUUCCCAGGGCACUCAGCUUUGUACCCCCAGCAUCCAUAGUGCCAACCGUGUGGUCAGUGUGCAGUUAGUUCUUAUUUUAGAGGUGCAGCUACGGAGGCUCAAAGGACUUAAGUGACCUGCCCAAGGUCACAAAGCAAUGGAGCUGAGUCUAGAACUCAAGGUUCUAACUCCUGACUUAGUGCUGUUUUACUCCUAUUUCUGAAUGUCUCUGCCCUCCCUGGAACAGGGGUGAACAGAAAGGAGAGCUGAAAUUAGGACCUUGUUCUGAGUUCCAGGCAGCCCUUGAACUCAGUACACGAGGCUUCUCUGUCACCUGGAAACAGCCCUCAACUCCAGGCUAACUGGGAACUAGUCACUCCCUGCUCUGGUUCCUCCUUUAGUAACUCAGCAAAUACCUACCAAGUACCUACUCUGUGAUGGGCAUUGUGUUGAGGGUGGGAGGCAGGAGGCUGCCGACCUCAAGUUUACAGUAUGGUAGAGUAGACCCCUGGCUAGAGCAUCUAGAGUCCACUCUUGGGGUAAGGAUACAGGGAUAGUGGAGGGUCAGGGCCAGAGAUGUUCAGACCCUUCCAAAAACAAACUUGGGGUUGGGGGGAGGGUUGCAAAACAAGAUAGUCAUCCCAGCCAUUCCAUUCUAGGAGGAACCUGGAAGGUACCUGAACUCUGACUGAAGCAACACCCCUACAGCUAGGCUCCAGAAAAAGCUCAGCCAGUCUCAGGAACCUGCACAGUUCCUUGUUCACUGAGAAUUCACUUCCUUUUUGGUUCUAGCCACUUUAUAGUAAAGAGCCUCCCUCAUGUCAGGGUAGUAGGUCAGCCCCAAGAAGCUGGUUGUCACUGAGGAAAUACCUUUCUCCAGAAGACACGGCCCUGGACAAAACUGUGAAGGAGUAAGAACGCAGUCCCUCCCUGAAUUCAGCCCCUUUUGAGCAUGUAGUUACUUGCUGGCAGGGGACUGUGGACAAGAAAACAAGUACAUGUUGGGCAACUCUGCUGCACCAGGCCCUGUGCAGGGAGUAUCGUGUUCUCAUUCAGCCUCUAUGCCAGCCUUGAGAGGUUCCAUUGUAUGGCCCGUGGCGGCGGGAGGACAUAAAUACUACUCCCUCCUAAUAGCUACAAUGGCCAUCAUGUGACAAGGCCAAGGUUUUUAUCCAGAUCUCCCCUCAGCCACACAAACAAGCAGUGUUAAAGCAAAGGUGGGGCAGCUAUGUGGUAGGCCUGGUGUCCUUCAACAUCUUGAUGAAAAUCUUAACAUCUGCCUUUUAGUUCCAAUAUUUCAUAUUUCUAUGAACAGAACUAAGAGUGAAGAAUCUGGGAAUUUUUGGUCAAAGCUCAAUCACUGUAUGACGGCAAAACCGAGGGAGCCAGAUCAGACCGUCACCCCGACUCCUUGCUUGCCUUGCC